CUACCUUCCCUCCCACAAUUUACUGUGUACAUUAACAUAACUAUUCAGUUUUACUAGCAUGCCUUUACUAUUCCAGAAGAUUCCUGCCCAAAUUGCUUGAUUGUUCAUUAAAGGAACUUCCACAAGCACCUGUCAACUCUUCUCUUUAAAGAACAUCAACAGUUUGCACCUGUAGGUUCCUCGCCUACAAAAAUCCUUGCUCUUCCCACCAAUCCUGGACUGCAGCAUCAUGACCGUCAUGGAAUCCCAUUCGUCUUUUGCACUGAAAGAUCCCGCCUUAAACCACACUUCCAAUUCUCAGUGAAUUCCAGCCUUGUCUUCCUGGCUCCGCGGACUCUGUCAAGUUUUGCCUUCGCAGAACUCGGCGCCUUUCCCCAGCAGGAAGAGGAAAAAAAUGACCAAAUUCCAGGAGGCGGUGACCUUCAAGGACGUGGCCGUGACCUUCACGGAGGAAGAGCUGGGGCUGCUGGACUCCACCCAGAGGAAGCUGUACCGAGAGGUGAUGCUGGAGAACUUCUGGAACCUGCUCUCAGUGGGGCACCAGUCCCCCAAGCCAGAUAUGAUAUCCCAGUUGGAGAGAGAGGAAGAACUUUGGAUGACGGAGGUCCAGACCCAGAGAGGUGGGCAUUCAGGAGCCAGGAAUCACAAUGAGAUGGAGACUCUUCAUGAAACAGGAGUGAGAUUCCUUUCAUUGGGAGAGCUUUCGUGCUGGCACAUCAAGAGACACGUUGUGAGCAAAUUAACCAAAAGUCAGGACUCCGUGAUAAGUAUUCACAGAAAGAAUACUCAGUCCCCCAAACAACAUAAUUCCCCUGCAGGAGUGUCCAUUCAGGCUUCUGUGGAAGACACCUGUUUAAUGACUCUUCUAGAGGAUCAUUCUAAUGUUAUUGAAAAUCAAGAAUUUCCAACUGGGAGAGCUCAGAAUUCCUGGAAGACACUCUAUCUGAAUGGGACUCAGAAUUAUCAGAGAAGUUGUAAGCUGACUCCAGUGAAAACCACGUGCUGUAUGUUCGUUCCAUGUGCUGAUAUUUUCAGUUGUAUCUCCCCCCACCUCGAUGAUGACAUGGUGCACAAAAGAGAGAAAGCUCAAGGCAACAGAGAGUGUGGUAAAGAUCUCUUAAAGGCAUCACCUCUGGCCCCGUACAGUAUCAUUCAAACUGGACCGAAAAGCUACCAGUGUAACGAACGUGAGAAAGGAUUCAGUGACCACACCAGCCUUGAACUUCAUCAGCAGGUACACGUGGGCAGGAAGUCCCCUACAUCCAGGACACCUGAGAAGGACAGCGGUUAUCGCUCAGCUAGUCCCAUUCAACAGGGUGUCCUCCCUGGGAAGAAACGCUACUGGUGUCACGAGUGCGGGAAGGGCUUCAGUCAGAGCUCAAACCUGCAAACUCAUCAGAGAGUCCACACAGGGGAGAAGCCCUAUUCAUGCCACGAGUGCGGGAAGAGCUUUAAUCAGACCUCACACCUGUACGCCCACCUGCCCAUUCACACUGGAGAGAAGCCGUACAGAUGCGAGAGCUGCGGGAAGGGCUUCAGUCGUAGCACAGACCUCAACAUCCACUGCAGAGUCCACACGGGAGAGAAACCGUAUAAGUGUGAGGUGUGCGGGAAGGGCUUCACUCAGAGGUCCCACCUUCAGGCCCACGAAAGAAUCCACACCGGAGAGAAACCAUACAAGUGUGCAGAUUGUGGGAAACGCUUCAGCUGUAGCUCAAAUCUUCAUACGCACCAGCGCGUCCACACUGAGGAGAAACCCUACAGAUGUGAGGAGUGUGGCAAGUGCUUCAGCCUGAGCUUCAACCUUCACAGUCACCAGCGCGUCCACACAGGAGAGAAACCCUACAAGUGUGAGGAGUGUGGGAAGGGUUUUAGUUCGGCCUCAAGCUUCCAGAGCCACCAGAGGGUUCACACAGGAGAGAAGCCAUUUCGAUGCAGUGUGUGUGGGAAGGGCUUCAGCCAGAGUUCCUAUUUCCAAGCCCAUCAGAGAGUCCACACUGGAGAAAAACCCUACAAGUGUGAGGUGUGUGGGAAGCGCUUCAAUUGGAGCCUGAAUCUUCAUAACCAUCAGAGGGUCCACACAGGAGAGAAACCCUAUAAAUGCGAGGAGUGUGGGAAGGGCUUCAGUCAGGCCUCGAAUCUUCAAGCUCAUCAGAGUGUCCACACGGGGGAAAAGCCCUUCAAAUGUGAUGCGUGUCAAAAGCGAUUCAGUCAGGCCUCCCAUCUUCAAGCCCAUCAGAGAGUCCACACGGGAGAGAAACCAUAUAAAUGUGAUACGUGUGGUAAGGCCUUCAGCCAGAGGUCGAAUCUCCAAGUCCAUCAGAUAAUUCACACUGGAGAGAAACCAUUCAAAUGCGAGGAGUGUGGGAAAGAAUUCAGCUGGAGUGCCGGGCUCAGUGCUCAUCAGAGGGUCCACACAGGAGAGAAACCCUAUACAUGUCAGCAGUGCGGUAAGGGCUUCAGCCAGGCCUCACAUUUCCACACCCAUCAGAGGGUCCACACUGGAGAGAGGCCUUACAUAUGUGAUAUAUGUUGCAAGGGCUUCAGCCAGAGGUCACAUCUUGUUUACCAUCAGAGGGUCCACACUGGAGGGAACCUGUAGAAUUGGAAGGUGAGGAAUGGCCUCCAGAUAAUCCAUGUCUUCAUCUCUAUUGGAAAGUCUGUGCUGGUAGUUGUGGGAAGUUCCUGCAGAACUUGGAAACAUCAAGGAAUCUUCAUGGGAAAGAAGUUCUAUAAAAUGCUGUGUUUUUAAAGAUCCAAUUGGGAGGUGAACUCUUUAUACUAACAUCCGGUUUCACAGAGGAGAGAAAACAUAUUCUAUAAAUAUGGUCAGUGGUUAUACCAGAGCUCUGAAUGCCCCGAUUCUCAAGAUGUGACACAAGAGAAGAAUCAUUGGCAUCUACCCAGGAGAGAAGGCUUAUACAUGAAGGUUAUGGGCAGGACUUGAACAAAAGUAUAAUGAUGGACAAACAAUUGGUGUCAACUGUAGUGUACCCUCCACGUAGGGAGUGCUGUUUUUCACCAUUCUAUCUCUACCGUGUAGAACUGUGCUUGGCUUCUAAUAGGUGCCUGGCAAUUACUGAACCAAGGGGAGGAAAAUCCCUCUAAUUAGGACAAAUAUUUGAAAAUUCUGGUCGGCCUCCUAUCCUAAAUUCAUAACAUACUCAAGAGGAAUCCUGCAAAUCGCCUUAAUAAGAUUGUACUUCAAUUAAUAUUUCCUAAAAUCAGAAUCAUGUAAUAGCCAUCCACAAUAGUACAGAUUUGGACAAGGCUUAUGAAUGGCUGCCACCCUCCAUCCAGCUUCAGUUAUAUGUACAGAAUCACCCAUUGUGUGUAGUGUAAUAUUUAGCAUCAUUAGUUUGUAUUUUAUAGACUGAAAGACUUUUUUAUUAAUCUAAUAACAUACUGCAACUUACAUGAUUGGAAAUUUUGAACACU